AUGCAUCAACAUCCACGGUCCCCAGCAUCGUCUGGGGUGCCAAACAUCCCCAGACCCACACCUCGAGACGACAGAGACGACAGAGACGAUACCGCCCCGAGCUCCCCAACCGUCGACACAGCGUCGAAUUCAGCAAGAGGAUUGGGAAUCGAGUCGGGGCCUCAGCUAGCUGAGCAGGCGAGGAUUGGUAUUCCUGGAAAGGAGACUCUGGGCCGGUUGAACCAAAUAAUAUCGUCUGUUGACCCUCCAUCUCACCUGCAACAGAAUUACCACACCAAAGCCGCCUUGAUCAUCCUGCAGUCUCGUGUCUCACUGCCGCUUGCCUAUAAUAAGGGCUCCGAUAUCCCGAGAGUCAACCGCUGGUUCAACGUUGAACUAGAUGACACAGAUAUCCUCCGAGAACCCCUGCGGCUAUGGCGGACCUGCGAUGCCACCGAUCGCCGGCCGCCGCCCCUCGUGAUCGAGACCUACCUCGACACAAAGGGUCUCACAAAUAAUCAAAGUUUGGUGAUUUUGGACGAAAACGGGAAGCGUUGGGAUGUGCGCGAGUCGCUCGCUGCGCUACAGGGCGCCCGUGCGAAGCCAUACCAGGCGGAGAACGACGAGAUCAUCUUGGAGCGGUGGAGGAUUGAGCUGGGAGAGGCGUCGAGCAGGCUUCCGUCUGAUCUGGGCUCCCUCCUUCCCACGGUGUAUAAGAAGAGCAUCGUGCUCUUCCGCUCCUUGUUCACGUACUCCAAGUUCUUGCCCGCGUGGAAAUUCUCCAAGCGUAACAAAAAGUCACGACGGAGUCCGGCUCUUGAGAUCAAGUACCGGGUGGUGGACGAGGGCCUGUCUCGCCAGAAUGGAUCUUUGGAUCACUUGACGGCGCCGCUGAGUGGGGUCAAUGAGAAGGUGGCCGACACAUACAGCUUUGGUGUCACAGAGUCACCCGCGGGUCCCUUUUCAGUUCAAGUCACCUAUAGGACGAAUUGUGACUUUCGGGUUGAUGAUUCUGAGGCUUUGUUGAGCUCUCGAUUCAUGGGUGCGGAUGACGAGAUCUUCCGUCCAUCCUUGCCUUCAGAGGAUAUCACCCGCUUAAACCCAGAGAUUGGAUCUGUGCCCGUUGAGCGAAGGACCGUCGAGAGUCCAGAUCUGACGCGUGCCUAUGGAAGCCUUUCAACGUUCCACAAUGUCCCUGCAGGGACAGGGGCAAGCCCUAUCUCAGCACUUCGCGCUCUCAGGGAUCCCAGUGGAGGUUCUCCAUCCCCGAAAGACUCGGAAAAGAAGCUCCUUCCUCCCGCAAAAGUCGUCCCCUCGGGGCGCGCUGCUCAGAUCGCUGGUGAGACUGGAAGUCCCAACUUCCAGCGCCGCCCUUCCCUAUGGCAGAGUCCCCCCCUAGGGGCAUCUCCUCGCACUACCUCUACACGUAUACCCACAGGCACAUCUGCCGAUGCCCGUUUCAUGCCGCCCCCAUCCUCUGCUGCAUCCGCACGCAGACCUACCCUUGCAUCUGAUCAAGCUAUAUCAUCCUCUAAUUCCGCAUCCCCUAAGCCAGCGCCUCUUUCCCGAUACAGCAGUUCAUUCAGUCACCGCCGAGGCCGCCUUUCUGCGGGGACGAACCGCCUCGAAGAUGACCAGAACUCAAGCGGCCGGGUGAGCACUGCAUCCUCCACCGCGCAGCCCGGCUCUGGCAUGCUUGCAGAAGUCACUGGAACCAGUGCGGAAUCCAUUCAUGCCGACGACGAGAAUAUCUCUGAUUUCCUGAAAAUGCUGGACUCGAAGAAGGAUCUAAUGAAUUCAUCUACAACUGCAUCUAUUCAGGCUGGGGUACGCCAACCCACGUCGACCGCAGUAGCCCUGGCUCGUUUCCGUGGCAUGCGUGACUCUAACGCUGCUCUCACUGACUCCAUGACACAAUCAAUGCAUGUAAAUCGUUCGUCAAUGUCGUCGAGCAAGCAGCUUUCAUCGGUACCACCCAUGGUUGCAGGAACCUCGAUUUCAACCGCCUCUUCUCCGGGAAAGCCCAUCUCCCCUCAUACUCCUCAUACGCCGGCGAUUCGCUCUCGUCUCAGCUCGAACAGCGUUGCAGAUGAGAUUGAAACUGACCACCGCUCGCGGAUCCCUCGGAUCGAGCACGACUCGCCUUUGGAAGAACUGCCGAGCGAGGAUCUUGUACGCGGGCCUUCAUCCACCGCAGGCGCUAUCGAUAUUCCCACAUCCCCACGAAUGUUCGAUCCCAACUACCGACGCUCAAGCUCUGCCGCACAACGCCGACCACCAGCUCCAAGCGGGGAUGACGAUGAGAUCUUCCCCUUCGGCAUGCGCAGCCUGAGUCUCGGCGCCGACGAGCCGGCAACUACCACUCUCAGCGUCGCACAGCAGCAAGCUGCCCAGAAAGAUGCGCAAUCGCCCGCCGAAGAUCCAGCCGGCGCAUCUGGUCCCACAACAAGUGCCUACCAAGAGAGCGGCUCUCUUCGCAGCCAAUUGCCCGGAGCGGGAGGUGCAUCCGCAUCCUCAAAUCCCCACGUGUACCAGCCUCGAUUCGCCAGCUCGCGCGGCCGCGGCUACUCAGGUGGACAUUCGGUUAGCUCUGCAUCCAGCAGUCUGGCCCGAAACGCCAAUCUUCCGCUGCACCUGGUCGAGCGCGACGACCGUGAUGGAAACGCCAGUGGAAGUAACAGUGGUAACUCGACGCUCGAAAUCCGUCGCGGAAGUGGACAACGGCCAAGCUCUGGUCGCACACUCUCGGCACAGGCCCCUGAGGAUGAUGAGCCCCUUCUUUUUGCUAUGAGUGACUUUGGUGCUUCCCGUCGCAGCCUCGAGGAGGGGAGACAUAAUCAUGGCGGAACGGACUCUGCUGGUGGAUCACGACGCGGUAGUGGACGACGGGGAGCUGGGCUUCCUGGAUUCCAUGCCUGGGCAUAA